CGUUUCACCCGGAAGUGCUCGGAAACGUUCGGAGCGGAAGUAGUGGCGAGCUGAUCAGAAGAAGUCGAAAGGGAUUGUAGCCACAGAACUGUAUUGUAACGUAAUUUCAUACUAAAAUCUGGGAAAAGACCUGCAAUUCCUGCCGACAGAAUGUCUCGGGGUUCCAUCGAAAUCCCUCUACGGGACACAGACGAAGUCAUCGAGCUUGACUUCGACCAGCUACCAGAGGGUGACGAGGUCAUCAGUAUCCUGAAGCAGGAGCACACCCAGCUGCACAUAUGGAUCGCACUGGCGCUGGAGUACUACAAGCAGGGGAAGACAGAGGACUUCGUCAAGCUGCUGGAGGCGGCCCGUAUCGAUGGCAACCUGGACUACAGAGACCAUGAGAAAGACCAGAUGACCUGUCUGGACACCUUGGCAGCUUACUAUGUCCAGCAGGCACGCAAGGAGAAGAACAAGGAUGCCAAGAAGGAGCUCAUCACACAGGCCACCCUGCUAUACACCAUGGCCGACAAGAUCAUCAUGUACGACCAGAACCACUUGCUGGGAAGAGCUUGCUUCUGUCUUCUGGAAGGAGAUAAGAUGGACCAGGCUGAUGCUCAGUUCCACUUUGUCCUGAACCAGUCGACCAACAACAUACCUGCUCUGCUGGGUAAGGCCUGCAUCUCUUUUAACAAGAAGGAUUACAGAGGUGCUCUGGCUUAUUAUAAGAAGGCCCUCCGCACCAACCCUGGCUGUCCAGCCGAGGUGAGGCUGGGGAUGGGCCACUGCUUCGUGAAGCUGAACAAGCUGGAGAAGGCCCGGCUGGCGUUCGGCCGAGCCCUGGAGCUCAACUCCAAGUGCGUGGGGGCUCUGGUGGGGCUGGCCGUGCUGGAGCUCAACAACAAGGAGGCCGACUCCAUCAAGAACGGGGUGCAGCUGCUCUCCAGGGCCUACACCAUCGACCCCAGCAACCCCAUGGUCCUCAACCACCUGGCCAACCACUUCUUCUUCAAGAAGGACUACAGCAAAGUGCAGCACCUGGCCCUCCAUGCUUUUCACAACACAGAGGUGGAGGCCAUGCAGGCUGAGAGCUGCUACCAGCUGGCCCGCUCCUUCCAUGUACAGGAGGACUAUGACCAGGCCUUCCAGUACUACUACCAGGCCACGCAGUUUGCCUCCUCCACCUUCGUCUUGCCCUUCUUCGGCCUGGGCCAGAUGUACGUGUACCGCAGGGACAAGGAAAAUGCAGCACAGUGCUUUGAGAAAGUCCUGAAGGCCUACCCCAACAACUACGAGACCAUGAAGAUCCUGGGCUCUCUGUACGCCACAUCCGACGACCAGGAGAAACGGGACAUUGCUAAAGGCCAUCUGAAGAAGGUGACUGAGCAGUACCCGGACGACGUGGAGGCCUGGAUCGAGCUGGCGCAAAUCUUGGAGCAGACUGACAUCCAGGGUGCGCUCUCAGCAUACGGCACGGCCACACGUAUCCUCCAGGAGAAGGUGCAGGCUGAUGUCCCUCCAGAGAUCCUCAACAACCUGGGGGCUCUGCACUUCAGACUGGGCAACCUGGGAGAGGCCAAGAAAUACUUCCUGGCCUCCCUGGAGCGAGCCAAAGCAGAGGGAGAGCACGACGAGCACUACUACAACGCCAUCUCCGUCACCACCUCGUAUAACCUGGCCCGCCUGUAUGAGGCCAUGUGCGAGUUCCACGAGGCCGAGAAGCUCUACAAGAACAUCCUCCGGGAGCACCCCAACUACGUCGACUGUUACUUGCGUCUUGGAGCUAUGGCUCGUGAUAAAGGCAACUUCUACGAAGCUUCGGAUUGGUUCAAAGAAGCCCUGCAGAUCAAUCAGGACCAUCCGGACGCGUGGUCCCUGAUAGGGAACCUCCACUUGGCCAAGCAGGAGUGGGGUCCGGGGCAGAAGAAGUUUGAGCGCAUCCUGAAGCAGCCGUCCACGCAGAACGACACCUACUCCAUGCUGGCGCUGGGCAACGUGUGGCUGCAGACCCUGCACCAGCCCACCCGCGACCGCGAGAAGGAAAAGCGCCACCAGGAUCGAGCCCUGGCCAUUUACAAACAGGUCCUGCGUAACGAUGCCAAAAACCUCUACGCUGCCAACGGCAUAGGUGCAGUCCUGGCCCACAAGGGCUACUACCGCGAGGCGCGCGACGUGUUCGCCCAGGUGAGAGAGGCCACUGCGGACAUCAGUGACGUGUGGCUCAACCUGGCACACAUCUACGUGGAGCAGAAGCAGUACAUCAGCGCUGUGCAGAUGUAUGAGAACUGCCUGAAGAAGUUCUACAAGCACCAGAACACAGAGGUGCUGCUGUACCUGGCACGAGCACUCUUCAAAUGCGGGAAGCUACAGGAGUGCAAGCAGACCCUGCUCAAGGCUCGUCAUGUUGCCCCAAACGACACGGUGCUGAUGUUUAACGUGGCGCUGGUGCUGCAGAGACUCGCCACUCUGGUGCUGAAGGACGAGAAGAGCAACCUGAAGGCCGUGCUGAGCGCUGUCAAGGAGCUGGAGCUGGCACACCGGUACUUCAGCUACCUGAGCAAGGCUGGGGACAAGAUGAGAUUUGAUCUGGCGCUGGCUUCCACCGAGGCUAGGCAGUGUUCGGAUCUCCUGAGCCAGGCGCAGUACCACGUGGCGCGCGCCAGGAAGCAGGACGAGGAGGAGAAGGAGAUGAGAGCCAAACAGGAGCAGGAGCGGGACCUCCUGCGGCAGCAGCUGCAGAAGGAGCAGGAGGAGAAGAGGAGCAAGGAGGUGGAGGAGCAGAAGAAGCUGCUGGAGCAGAGGGCUCAGUACGUGGAGAAAACAAAGGGUCUCCUCACCUUCACAGAGGAGGCCCAGAAGGAGAAGAGGAAAGCAAGCGGACGGCGCAAGAAGGGCGGCGACUUUGACGAGUUCGUCAACGACGACUCGGACGAAGACCUGCCUAUGAAGAAGAGGAGGAAGAGGAGGGCUGGCAGCGGCAGCGAGCAGGAGGAGGAGGGAGAGGAUGGGGAGAAGAAACCACGCAAGAAGAGGAGGAGACCCACAAAGGGAGGGGAUGAAGGCAGUGAUGACGAGGAUCAGGGCUCCAGACCCAAGAAACAGCGCAGACCCAGGGAGCGCAAGAGGAUGGAAAAGGCCAAGCCCGAGCGCCUGCCUCCGUCUCUCAAAGGGAAGAUCAAGUCCAAGGCCAUCAUCUCAUCGUCCGACUCGUCCUCCGAUGAGGACGGCCUGAAGAUCGCUGAGGACAGAAACCCGCGGGACAGCGGGUCAGGCUCAGAGGAGGAGUUGGGCCACAGGAAGCGCAUCGCGUCGGACAGCGAGUCGGACGAGGAGGGGAACCGCGCGGGCAGCCCGCGGCGCUCCAGGAACUCUGAGGACGAGUCCGGCAGCGACGGGCCGGGGCAGAGGCGGCGGCCGGCCCGCUCCGACUCGGAGCAGUCCGACAACGGGAGCAAGAAGAGCCGCUCCGAGGGCUCGGACGACGAGUCCCCGCCCGGCUCGCCCGGCUCGCCCGCCCCCGACUCCGCCCCCGGCUCCGAGAACGAGGCCUCGCCCCGUCGCUCUGACAACGACUCCGAGCCCGAGCAGUCCAACAACGAGGCGUCCAAUCGCGGCUCAGACGACGACAGCGACUGAGCCGAGCGUCCAAUCGCAACGGAGCGAGAGUAACUCAGGGGGGAGCUUUGUCCUUCCUCAGUACAAAAAAACACACAAAUAUUCAAUUUGACAUGAACUUGUUGAAGCUGUGGGUGGGGAUGUUUCAGGGAGGCAGUGAUGUGAUGGCCCUGCUUGUACUGGAGCCAUAAUGGGAUUCUCUGUCUGGUCUUUCUGUACUGGAUGCCUGUUUCUACAGUUUCCUUUUGUUGUUUCUUUGUCCUUUAUGUGAGCUGCGGGAGUGAGAGUGAAGCUGUGUAUAUAGAAAUGCUAAAUGCUAUCCUGCCUUAGUAUCAUCCCAUCUGCCCGUUUUCAUAUUGUUUUAAUAUCUUUCUGUUUGUUUUUUUUUGAAGAAGAGUAUUACUUGGCUGAAUUGUGGAGACAAUGUGUAGAUAAUAAAAUGAUCACAAAGCC